CGUUCAACUUCCAAAGUCGCGCAACAUUCCCCUUUUAUUCCGUCUGCCUUUUGUUGUACGAUAUUUAUAUUGUUUUCUUCUGAAUAUGUGAAAUAUAUAAAUUACUCCGAAUUGAUUCCAAUCAAUCUAAAUCGGAUGUGUUCUUCCAAAAGCUUCGUGUUUUAGAAAAUCGUGCCCAGGUCUCUAUGGAAGCGCGCUAACGAUAGCGAGCUAGCUAACGUUACAGAAGCUAACUUUAGCUAGCAGCUAGCUCUGUACUUUUCGUGUGAUUGUUUUGAAGGAAGAACACGUUUUAAGAAAAGAGAUUCAACUCCUUCGCAAACAUGACGUCUGCCUCCGCUAAGGUCGGAGAGAUCUUCUCUGCAGCAGGAGCUGCCUUCACCAAGCUGGGAGAGUUAACCAUGCAGCUGCACCCGGUAUCAGACUCCAGCCCUGCAGGAGCCAAAUGGACGGAGACGGAGAUCGAGAUGCUGCGCUUGGCCGUGCGUCGCUUCGGAGACGACCUCAACAACAUCAGCACCGUGAUCAAAGAGCGCACUGUAGCUCAGAUAAAGAGCACGGUGAAGAGGAAGCUGUACGAGGACAGCCGCGUGCCCAUUUCCUCCGAAUCGCCGAAGAAGACCGUGAAGAAGACCGCCAUGACGACGGCUCCGGCGCUCGCCGCGCCCGCCAUGAUCGCCGUGCCGACCUCGCAGGUUGUCGUGGCGACGGGCAUGCAGAACAGCCCCUCUCUGGCCCCGCCCCUCAAGAAACAGAAGACGGCAGACGUGACUCUGAGCGCGCUCAACGACUCUGACGUGAACAGCGACCUCGUGGACAUCGAAGGACUCGGAGACGGAUCGUCCAACAAGAAGCUCAACUUUGACCAAGAGAGCCUGAACCUGGACUCCAGCCUCAUCAUGAACUCCAGUGACCUCCCGCUGCUGUCCCGCUGACCUCUGACCUCUGACCUCACCUCUCAGCAGCAGACACCAACCAACCUUCUUUUUUUUUUUUUUAUUUCAUUUCCCUAAAGGCUCCGCUCUGCUGUUUACCUGACGCUCAUCUCUCCACAUUUUAGAUCAACACACACACACACACACACACACAUCUCUCUGCUUUGUGUUCAUUUUUUUGUCUUUUUUUUUUUUUAAAGUUUAGGGUGAAAAAAAAAAAAACUCAAAAUGUUUUCAAAAAAAAUGAGAAAUAAUCCAGCGCCACCCAAGUGGAAAUCAGUUCAUUUUUCUCCUUCAUCUUUCAAAGAAGGGCCGGUAAACUUUGUGUCCUCUAUUUAGGUAUUUGACUUUUUUUUUUUUUUUUUUCGUGCAGCACAAUUAUGUUUUCAGUUCAGUUUUCUGUUUGAAACAAAAAACAAAAAAAAAAUCAGUUUCUAAAAAAAAAGGUUUUAAGGAAGCAGAAGCGCGGUCCUGUGCUGUUAUCAUGAAGAAGCUACCGAUCGGUGUUGAGGAGAGCUUUAAUAUGAAGAACUCCUGCUGUGCGAUUGGUCCUUUUGAAGCCCUCCAUCUGGAGUCCCGUUGCCAGGGGUUACGUAUCGUCACCUUCCUAAAAAAAAAAUAAUGGCCUAAGUCGUGUUUCUUUUGGCAGAAGAGCCAGUGGAGAUGAUC